AUGCCAAACCUGACAACUGCCAUAUUGUUUUUUGUCAUAAAUGCCAUUCAAGCAUUAACGAUCUUAGCUGGUAAUGCAUUUGCCAUGCACGUAUUUUGUGCUCGAAGACGCUGCUUGAAGAGAACCGCUUUUCUCUUGAUAAACCUGGCUGUGACGGACUUUCUUAUAGGCGCUGCAACAUUGGUGGAAAUAAUUUACCAUGUGUCACAGGAAGAAACUAUGAAGGGGAUCGUUUACGACGAGCCAAUCUCCGCGAUUCAGAUUUCUUUUUCGUCUUCGUCGUUGUUCUGCUUGGUAGGAAUAUCUUUAGAACGUGUUUAUGCAGUACUCUGGCCGUAUCGUCAUCGAGCUUUGAGUAAAAAAUUUUACAUCGUGAACAUUGCUUUAGCUUGGGUGGCUGGAAUAACUAUUGGUAUAAUUUACGCAAUGGGCGAACUUGAAGUAUUUCGUAAAGAAUUUGGCAUCGCUACCGAAGUAGUACUGUUGUGUUCAUUAGCCGUUUUUGUUGUAUCGUACGCAGCAAUUCGCACCCGAAUGAACAAAACUGUGCCGUCACUCAAUGCUCACAAUCGUCACACAGAGGAACAAAAUAUAAAAUUAUCCCAUACAUUGUUUAUAGUUAAAGCUUUGUCUCUCUUACUUUGGGUUCCCGCCAUAGUACUAUACGGCAUUCAAGUCAUAUGCAACGCUUGUGCAGUUGCUAUCGCUAAGUUACCAAUUGUCUCCAGUGCAAGAGUGUUACAUUUGUCGAAUUCUAUUGUUAAUCCAGUUGUGUACAGUUAUCGGAUGCCUAUGUUUAGAGAAGAGAUUAAAAAAUGCCUGGAAAAAGUUAGAUGUUACAAGAGCGACAACUCAAGUCAGUCUGGCCAGUUGGAAUGUUUUGAUACUCGUCUUUAA